CUUUCUUUUUGAUUUAUCUCAUAUUUAUCUUGAAUUUUUACUUUUAUGUACAGUUAUCCUAUGUAUGAGAAUCUGUCAGAAAAAUAUUAAAUUAAUAAUUAAUUAUUUAACAAUGGAGAUCGAACCCAAAUAUACAUUUGUGCCUCUUGCACAGAAGAAUUAUGUUGGAAUUUAUAAAAAAACAACACAAGAAUUACUAUCUAAAUGGGGAAUAAAUGGAAAUUUUGUUAUUCAACAUUUUUCAUUCAAUGAACCUUUUCAGCAGUAUUACAAGUAUCACUUAGCAGAAGCAUUCUUUAAAGACAGCUCUGUUGCAAAAGAAUUGUUAACUAAACAAGGAAAAUGUUGGGCAAAGCAAGGUAUAAUGGCGACAUGCAUAGAAGUAAAACCUGUACCCUGUUCCAUUUUAAGUAUGAAUUUUUUUGAUAAAAUAAAGGAUCCUAAAAAUGGAAUUGUACACAAGUCUGGGGCUAUUUGUAAAAGAUACGAUAUGGAAGUUAAUGGUUUUCUAGUUUCUGAUAAUCUUAGAGGAAUGUUAUUAGACAAUGAAUGCCCAGAAUAUAAUUUGUAUCUAAAAGAUGAACGGGAUGAAUUCAUAUUUUAUAUUUUUCAAAUGCUUGUUCUUGGAGGAGCAAUAUGUCAAUAUGAAGAUAGUUUAGAUCCAUACUUAAAUAUUACCAAAGCUAUUUAUAAAGAUUUAAUAAGAGUACAAAGACAAAAAGAUUCAAAUUUAUUAAUUAGUACAUUAGUUCUGCAAGUAAUAGCAAAAGACAGUAGAGGCCAAGAAUAUUUUCCGCAUGAUCCAUCUCAUAUACAAAAUGUUGGGUUCCUAUUAGUGGAUGAAACUACUCGAGAAAUUACAACAUUUCUUCACCAAUUUGGGGAGUACUGUCUUUCUCAGUAAGUGUAAGGAAAUUUUUAAAAAUAUCCACUAAAAGUAUAAUCUUUCAGUAAAAUGGAUUUAUAUAAACACUGCAAUAGCUCAAUUAUGAAUUAAUUAUACUAUAUUGUGCAUUAUUUACAUUAUAUACUAUUGAAAAUAUUACACUCAUAAUUAACAACUUCAAAUGUAAUUAGAAGAAAACAUAUUUAACACACUAUUAAGACCUGCGAAAUUCGUUUAUCUCAAAAUUGAAACAUGUGUAUAAUCGUAUGUGCGGUACGUAAGAUUUAAUAAUUAAGUAACGAAAAUAUAAUUGCUAUAUUUCUGUACAAAGUUUGUAGAAACUACAAAAUAAUACAUAAAAAAAAUAUAUAUCUUGCUUAUUUAAUUCGUAAAAAUACUUUGACAUAGUAUGGUAAUUGGCACUGACAUAAAUAAUGAAUAUAAAUAAAAGAAUAAAAUAAGAGAUACGUUAUAUGUCAUUCUACCUGUAUACCAUUUUACACUUCACAGAUCGAACAUCGAACGCAAUAUCACUUUAUAUCAUAAUUAGAA